AUGCCCCAAGAUAAGCCGAAACAGAAGAAGACCAAGUCCGAGUACGACUUGAUGCUCGUCAAGCGGCGGAGAUUUCGUCCUGCAAAGGCUUGCUACCCAUGCAGGCGGCGCAAAGUCAAAUGCAAUCUCAGCCAGCCCUGCGAGAGUUGCAAUAUCCGCGGACACCCUGAUCUGUGCGAUUACACCACGCCUAUACAAGCCAAUGCCCAGGAUAAAACCAGCAAUGCCUCGGAAGCAAGCAAAUCGCAUCUUGCAAGCGAUCACGAAGAUGCGGUCGCCACUCCAGCGGAGGACAUAUCUAUAGGCCUUUACGUGGACCCCGUGGCACCGUACGAUACAAAACUGCACCUGGGUCCGGAUUCACUUCCCAGCCUUCUGGCGAAAUAUGAGAGCCUCAGCUCUAACCCGCAGCAACAAGAACGGAAUUGCUGGCAGGGAGCUGCCUUCAAACCGCCAACGAACCCGCAAACCAUCUUCGAAUUGCUUUGCCUACAAGAUUCUAGUACUAUCUCACCAUUCACCAAUCUAUGGAAGCCUGAAGACGGCCCGGAAGUCGUUUAUAAUGCGCUUCCAGAGGAUGAAGCUUUGAGAGGCUAUGUUCGCUUCUUCCAAUAUUCACUUUUACGUAUUUUGCCAUUUACCAUCAACUUCCCUCAAUUCGAAGCUGCCCUUUCCGAGUUUCUUCAUCAGCGCUCAAAACAUCCUGAAGAAGCUCUGCAGAAUCCUCCAUCUGCCUGCACACUGACUUGGUUUGGACUCUUAUUUAGCAUUCUUGCAUGCGGUGCACAACUUGGGUCUGAUCAGGAUUCUGAAUUGAUCAAGGCUCGUGUUUUCGCAUGUUGUGGGUUCCAGUGCUUAAGGAUGAGCAAUUCUCUUUCUUUUCCCGAUAUCCACACCAUUCAGGCUCUCAUAUUGCUUGCCAAUUUUUUGCAGAAUCAGGCCAAUGCUGGAGCGUCUUGGUCAAUUCUAGGUCUUACUAUACGGCUCGCACAGACGCUGGGGCUGCACUGGUCUCCGGACCCAGAUACCGUGGAUGUGGAUCAACGGGACGAGGCUACUGUGAAAUAUUAUAUCUGGCGAUCACUAAUAUGGCAGGACACGCUGGUCUCGUUAUGUUACGGAAGACCGUCUUGCAUCAUCGUCAUGGACGAAAUCCCAUCCGAAUCGUCGUCAUCAGCAUUGACACCGCCUCAGACGUACUCUUUCACAACUAGUUGCAAUCAUCUGUUCAUUAUCGCAAACAAAAUCUGUCAAGCGCUCAACAAGGCAGGUUUCUCUAGGAAGCCGUUAUCACCGGGUGAAAUACAAGACUUUAAAAAGAUCAUUGACCGUAUCGCCAAACAGUCAACUCCUCACCUUCAGGAUGUCAAAAAGUGUCAGAAUCACGACGAAUGUAUCCAGAAUAACUUCUUCCGGGAGUUUGUGGACUCAGUCAUGCUCUGUCUCUACCGUCCGGCGUUGCUCUCCAAUGGCGACGCGUACAACAAAGAACUUUGGGCUCCAUAUCUACAGCAUUGUCGCUCUGUUCUUAACACUUUUCUCGAGCUUCUCAAACUCGAUUGCCCUAUCAGGCGGUCAUGGGUUUUUGUUCAUGUCACGCUCAGUUGCGCUUUGACCCUUGGAAUUGCUGCCAAUGCGCAAAAUGACCUUUCCGACAAACUCUUUCUGAAAGGAUUUCUCGAUACGUUCUCGAAAGCAAAUAUUUUUGCCAACGUUUCUUCCUACCAAGAAGCGCUGCGAUUACUUCGACAGUCAAUGAGUACAUAUGAUUAA